GCCUAGCUUUUUGAAGCUGUCGCACUUAACACAAAUUCACUCUCACAUUUACAAAAAUAUCAAGAAAUUAUAUUUUCUUUUCACUCAAAUACGCAGCCACGAGUAAACUGCUGGGAAUCCAGGUGCGUUCAGGAUUUUCUUCGUGGUUUCAGUAAACAUCAUCAUUUUUGACUGCUAGAAUGGCCUUUGUAGCGCGUCGGAGCAGCGAUGGCUCGGUGGUGGAUCGCCAGCAGAUCUCGGGAAGGCGCUCUCUGCGUCCGUUGACCUUGUCGGACGUCAGUGACUCGGAGGACUCGGAGUCGGUGCUGGGCUACACGGAUCGCACCUUCGGAGCUCCCACCGUAAGGUUCGUGGGCCAGGGCGACGGGGAGAGCGACGUCGAUGGCGGGGCGGAGCCCCAACCGGAAACCAAGCCUGUGGAUACGUAUACUGAGCCGGAUGUGGAUGUGGAUGAAGAUGUGGAUAAGGAUGUAGACAUUCGAGUGGGGGACCCUUUGGAAGACUCGGCAAGCGAAACGAACUCGAUCCUGAGCUUCUGCAACCAACUGGACGAGGAGGAGGCGAAGGACGCCUUGCGAGAAGGCCUGGUGAGCUACGGGAACGCGGAGGACUCUGAGGAGCCUGAGGAAGGACCCGAGAACCAGAUGGAGCCAGAUCAAAUGAGCUUGCUGGGAAAGGCGGACGACGCGGCCGCCACGGACACCGAGACCGUGAUGAACCUCGAGCAUGACGGGCAGAGCCUCAGCUCCUUCGACAGCUACACGCCUACGGUAACACAGCGCGCCGAGGAGCUGGACAACUUGGACACUCUCAGCGGAAGGACCUUCUUCAAGCCGGACAGCCAGUACAGCCAGGACAACGUCAGCGGGAAGACCUUCUUCAAGCAGGAGGGACAGGACAGACAGGUCAAGCAGGAGAGGCAGGACAGGGAUGAGCAGGAGCAGGGCCAGAUGUCCAGUCGCACCUACGACCUGAGCAGCCGCGGCAGCAAGCGGAGCACCAAGGGGAGCAGCAAGCGGGGGAGCAGCCGCCUCCACGACGGCUCCUCGGUGUCCACCUGCAGCUGGACGGAGAUGUACGGCAGAGCCCUCGAACCGGCGGACGUGCCCUCGCUGAGCCUGGCCAGCGCCAACUCGGAGGCGUCCACCUACUACAAGAGCCUGGAGGAGACCAAGGAGCGCCAGGGGCAGGCGGCCUACGAGGAGUGGAAGGCGCGCAAGGCGGCCCAGAAGCAGCGCAGUCUGCUGGCCGCCAAGCAGGAGCGGGAGAAGCAGGAGGCCGAGGCGGCUCUGCGCCAUCAGCUCUCGCAGGAGCGUUUCCAGGAGUGGUGCCGCCGCAAGGAGCAGCAGCAGCAGCAACAGCAGCUCAUUCGCAAGAAGGCCUCCAGCAGGGCAAGUCCUUCGGGCUCGGGCCACUCCUCGGUCUCGGGAUCGGUUUCCGGACUGGGUACCGGCUCUGGACCCGCUGGAUCCGCUGCCCGCUGCGGUCCGGCGAGGACGGUGCCGCCCGAGGUGACCAAGAAGCGGCUCAAGGAGUGGGAGCGGGUCAAGAGGGAGCAGCAGCAGAGCGAGCGGGAGCGCCUGCAGAAGCUGGAGGCCAAUAAGCGGAAGCUCGAGGCGGAGCGCAAGCAGCGCUCGCAGGGCGCCUGGAAGAACUGGAUGAAGCAGGUGGACAAGCGGGCCAAGCCGGUGCCCCUCAACCAGGGCUUCGACACCCUGCGCGGCACCAUCUCGAACAUCUACAUCAACCCGGUGCAGUGGGUGUCCAACAUCGAUCCGCAGGACUCCGGGCGCAGUCGUUGAUGUUCUCGUGUUACUUAGUCCAUCGCCCUUCAGCCCAAAACGCAAUCUUGGCCAGCUUGACCAGGGCGACUGGUUUGGGGGUCGGCUUCGGGAUCGGAUCGCCGGUUUGCUGGGCCAGCACAAGAAGUACUUAAAAGUAUUGGCAAACCUGUUGUUUUUGGACUGUGGCGGUGGAACGUACUUUGUUUUAGCUUUGCAAGUUAACCAAUAAACCACAAAAAAAUAUUACCACUGAAAA